UUUUCACAUAAACACUAUUUAGUAUAAAAAGGGUUUAAUUUUGAUUCUACCAGCAUGAAAUAAUUAACGGGACGAAAUCAAAUAUUUGAUCGAUAAAUUUUAGCCAAUCGGGUAAAAGCGUACUGAAGAAGGUACUCAAGAAAAUGGCCCAGAAAAUGGCUUUUGCAAUCACAUAACUAAUUCAAAAACAUCACGGUCAGAAUCGCACGCUUAAAGAAUUCUGAAUCGCAUCAAGUGUGUCUGCAUCUAAGGAACUAUAAUUACAAAAUAGAGUGUAAUAAUUUUUGAGUGCAAAAAGGUAGCGCAAUCUGAAUAGAAUAGAUAGCGUGACGCUCUCUCUCAGCCUUACUUUCAUUCACUAAGGCAUUCGAAUCGGUCAUAAUUUUUUUAGCUGAUUAAGCGCCAAUAUAAAGGUAACAGGAUAUUAUUCUUGUUGUAUUUCUAUACGUUUAUCUUCGAGGCCAAUGAAGCACGGAAAAGCUUAGCCUGAUCUACAAAAGUAUUCCUCGUCUUUAAUACGAUGGUUUUAUUGGUCGCCACUCAAAACAAGACACUCCUUGACGAUGUCGCGAAGAGUUGCUGGAAUUUCCUUUCUCUUCAAGCCACAUCGGGGAUCAACAACGAAACAUUAAAGGCCAUGGUACGAACCUUUUUAUUGAUGAAACAGUCUCUGAAUUCUAGCAAAAGGGACGAUACGCCAACGUUCAAUCGGACAAGGAACUGGGUUCCCAGUUAUUUACUCGGCAAGGGAGAGAUUACUACAUUUUUCAUUCUGCCAUCUCUUAUGAUUAUCAUACUAUUCUCAAUUCUGACGAAACGAAAUCAUGACAAAAAAGCCUGUGGAGUCUUCGGUAGAAGACCAGGAUUGUGUAUUCCAAUAAAUCUUGUAGACAGCUAUGAAAAUCGCAUUGGUUACGCGUGUGCAUUUGGUGUUACUGCUUCCAAGUGCUUGGAUAUUCUAUUGUUCGGUGACUACCACACGGUUUUCGAGGGAAGUAUGCAUAUUUUGCAGAUGGACAAUCAAGGAAAGGCAACAUGGACUACAGUGUUGUGGAACUUAAUGGCCAUGUUGAUUAUUGGCUUGGCAUACUACCCAAUGUUUCUCUGCUUGUCAACGGAUUACACAUUGUUGGGGGGAAUCAUUGGUUUUGUCUAUACUGGCUUUUG